AUGGGCUGGCUAGACGGCUGGUGGACGGACGCGCCCAAGACGUCUGAUCCUCUUGCAUCCAUCGACCCCAAAGUCCGCGAGUUUCUACAGCGAGAAUCCCCUGUCAAGUACAAUACAGUCUCCUCUACGCCAUCAGAGACGAAGCCUUUUACCGAAGUCACAGCACCACCGGCACCAGUCGACGACUCCGCGAGACCGCUUGUACCGAAAGAGAGCUUGUUCCAAGACGGCCGCUACGCGCACCUUUGGAAGGGGUACAAACCACAGGGCGAGAUCGAGGCCGAGUCCAAGACCGACCAUGAGAAGCUUAUGGAUGUGCUGGAGGGUUACAAGGACCGAAAAUACAACCUUGGUCGCGCGGCACUCGAAAAUUGCGCCAUACAGCAGGAGGAGUGGAUCAACUGCAUGAAGAACGGUGCUUGGGAGGACCGGCUACAGAUGUGCCGAAAGCAAGUACAACGGUUCGAGAGGUGCUAUACCAUGCAAACGAGACUAUUAAAAGCCCUUGGCUACAAGUCCAUCGUUGAUCGGCCGGCGCAUGUCGACGAAGACAUCCAGAUGCACGCCGAUAGCCUGUACGUCCGGAUGAUCGACCAAGAGAAGGCGAUUAAGGGGGCAGAGGAGCGCGGCCUGCCGGGCACCAGAGUUCAAGAACGUCUUCCCCAAACCAGAGAAUGCAAUCGAGCCCGGCGCCGAGUUACGCAAGAGCUGGGAUGA